UGAAAUAUGAUAUUGACAUAUUCUUAUUGGAGCUAUUCUACGUACUUUGGUUCAUGACUGUGUGUCUAGUGAGAGAGCGAUGUUCAUUCCCAUGCUGUUGACCCGCUCACAUUUCUCUCUGAGAGACUCUGUCGUCAUUCAAAAUCAUGCACGGCUCAAUCGGACGGAUCGGGCAGAACAGCAGUCGCGUUCUUGCAUUAGUUGAUUAAAUAAUAGUGCUGUUGUUUCUUAUAAAUGAGGCUUAUCACCUUCGGUAUUGAAGAAAAAUAGUAGUACUGAAUUAUCCGGUGCCGAGUGCUUAUAAUGUAUACUGUUUCGAAGGGUCCUAGUAAACUUGUGGCGAAAACAAGAAGAGGUAUUCCUCAGAACUAUGAGAAAUUCGAGCUGAUGCGUGAUUUGGGCAAGAAGAACGGAGACUGUGAUAUUGCCAGUGAAUUAAGUUUUCCCCGGCCGGUAUUCCAGGCAGCGAAGAAAUCAUCCUCGCACCACUUGCGGACACAACAUCAAUCACAACCAGAACGUCUUAGUCCACAACACGAAGAGCUGAUCAAAUACAUCAAUGAUUCGUGGAACAUGGUGGCUGCAUCCAACCCCUACGAUAUUCCGGGUUCGCCAGACAGUUCAAUCUCCAUUACCUCACUCUCCUCGUCCUGCAGCACCAGCUCUGCGUCCUCCACCUGCUCAGACAGUAGUACGACAACGGUGUACUACAAUGAACCACCCAGUGCGGUACUGAUAGACUUCAAACCCUUCGAUCUGGAGUCCUGGUGGGGGAGAAGAAUAUUCAACAAUAUUACCAAAAACCUGUGAAAGUCUGAAUCAAUCCGUAGAACAACUGAAUAACAAAAAGCACACAAAUCCGCAUAAAAGAAAAAACAAGAAAUUGCAAAUACUUACCAAGCUAUCACAAAUUAAUCAGCUUAUAUUAUACACACUUCAAAAACAAUGCUAACAAACUAUUCGAGGAAGCGAAAUUGUAAAAAAUAUAGUAGUAAUUCAUUUCGAAUGUUGGUUGGAGGGCAAGAAGGGGAGACAACCGGUGCGUUAACAUUUCGAUUUAGGUAUGCUGCAGCACAGCUAGACGACAAUAGACAUGGGCGCACGUGUGUGUUUUUCUGUGAUGAGACUUAGAGCAUUUAGAAGCGUAUCGAAUGUACUUGAGAAGUCGUGUUUGGUUGAGAAUUGAUGUUUUGCAAUAAGUUCAGAUAAAAUUGUUCAUUAUGUAUCCCGUUCCUAUGUUCCUAAGAUGUUUGGGCAGCGUGCAUGUGAUUCGCAAAAUUAACAUGAAGUUUUAGCAUAUGUAGUUUCCAAUUUUUUCAUUACCGGGAUACCUACUGAAAGAACCUUUCUAAUUUUGUCCGAUCAUCCUAUAGAAUCGUUCUCCCAUGUUUUGGUCUAUUGUUACUCAAAUUUGGUGUGAGGAGAAUGAGCGCAGUCCUGGAACAUCUAUAUGUUCGUGCUAGAGGCGAAUGAACUGAAAAGUUUAAACCCUCUUAAAGCCAAAAAGAAGAAGAAGAAUAUGUUCGUGAAGCUUCAGCAAAAGCAUGAUGUGCAAUUAUGUAGAAAGGAAAAACACUAAAUUGACUUGACAGUGUGCUGGCAAGUAUUGUGAAUGGUGGUGACUAUUACUAUUGAUUGUGGAAAGUCAUUAUACUGAGAUAGUUUUAAAUAUUAGAUAUGUUAUGGAACUGAGAUAAGAAACUAAAAAGUGCUAGUAGGAAAAAAAGUUUGAUAUAAAAAUGUUGAAACAA